AUGGGAUCCGUCGCAGAGAACUCUCAGUUCGAUAUUCCUACCCACUGCAAAGCAGGCGUGGUUGUCAACGAAGGGCCGGACUUUCAUGUCGAGGUGCAAAUGGUUCCUGUUCCCGAGCCAGGCCCCGAUGAUGUUUUGAUCCGCCUCAACUUCACUGGGCUUUGUGCCUCCGACAUCCAUCUCAUGCAGGGGGAUCUGGGAACUCCCCCGAUGUCAAACUGGGGUGUACGGUCCCCCGGCCAUGAAGGUGCUGGAGUGGUGGUGAAGGUCGGUUCCAAUGUUAAGAACUUUAAACUCGGUGACAGGGCCGGGAUCAAGCCGAUUCUCGAUACGUGUGGCUCCUGUGCACUAUGCUGGCAUGACAAAGAGACAUACUGCAAAGAGGCAGUUCACACCGGUCUAAUGGCCACUGGGACGUAUCAACAGUACAUUGUGUCGCCGGCGCGAUACGCGUCGCCUAUCCCCGACGGCAUCCCUGACGAGAUCGCCGCUCCAAUCAUGUGCAGCGCGAGCACAAUUUACCGUUCUCUCACAGAGUCCAACCUGCAAGCCGGAGAGUGGGUUGUUUUUCCAGGAGGCGCCGGUGGGGUAGGUAUUCAAGGAGUUCAGUUAGCUCGAGCGAUGGGGAUGCGGCCUAUUGUGGUGGACAACGGCGAGUCGAAACGAGCCUUGGCAAUGGAGAUGGGUGCAGAAGCAUUCGUAGACUUUCAGGAAGCAGAGCCUGCCGAGGCCGUGGUUCAGAUUGCGGAUGGCAUCGGAGCACACGGAGUGGUCGUGACAGCUCCGGCUGCGUACAAAUCGGCCGUGUCUUAUAUCGGCAACCGCAUAGGUGCCAUCAUAAUGUGUAUUGGCCUGCCACCGGCCAAAUCGAUGGUGCUUGGCACUGAUCCGUGUGAGUUCAUCUUCAAGAACUUGACUAUCAAAGGGACUCUUGUGGGCAGUCGAAGGGACACGGCGGGGGCGUUGGAUUUUGCUCGGCGAGGAAUGCUCAAGCAGAUUAGCGUCGUCUAUCCAAUUAACCGGCUGCCAGAGGCUGUUGAGAAGCUGCGCCGGAGCCAGGUGGCAGGUCGGAUUGUGGUUAAUUUCGACUGGGAGGAGUAG